UGCGCAGUGCACUAUUAGUGAGAGCUUUCUUUAGCAGUGAAAACUACGUGGCAAAAGCUUUCGACAUGGAGGUAGUUGCUCUCAUUAUCUUGACUUUAUUAUUAGGUGCACUGGUUGUUCUUGUUGCAUUAGCGGUGGGUAGGCGGAAAGAAGAAAUAAAAGAAGAAACACAACAGGCAGCGGAGUGUACAGCUGAAGGCCAUGCAGUAAAGGGCCCCACAUCCAAGAAGCAGAAGCAGGAGAAGCAGCGUAGCCGUAAAGACAAACCUGCCCAUCACAGUUUCUGCCAUCCGCUGCUGGCUGCCUCUCUCAAGGGCCACAGUGGGAACGUGACGUGUGUGGAUUUCAGCAGUAAUGGGAAAUAUCUGGCUUCCUGUGCUGACGACCGCACUGUCCGGAUCUGGAGUACCAAGGACUUCCUAGAACGUGAACACAAGUGUCUCAGAGCUAAUGUAGAGCUGGACCAUGCCACGCUGGUCCGCUUCAGCCCAGAUUCCAGGGCGUUUAUCAUCUGGCUGGCCAAUGGAGACGCUAUCCGCAUAUUCAAAAUGAUCAAGAAAGAUGAUGGCACGUUUGCCUUCAAAGCUUCCUCUGAGGAUUUUCCACAGAAACACAAGGCUGCUAUACUUAACAUUGGCAUUGCAGAAACAGGUAAAUUCAUAAUGAGUGCUUCCACAGACACCAGCAUCCUCAUCUGGGAUCUGAAAGGGGAGCUACUGGCCUCCAUUAACACAAACCAGAUGACCAAUUCUUAUGCUGCCAUCUCCCCAUGUGGAAGGUUUGUAGCGUCCUGUGGCUUCACUCCUGACGUGAAGGUGUGGGAGGUUUGCUUCGGGAAGGGAGGAGAGUUUAAAGAGGUGGCUCGAGCAUUUGAGCUGAAGGGCCACUCUGCAGGAGUUCAUGCGUUUGCUUUUUCCAACGACUCUCACAGGAUGGUGACGGUCUCCAAAGACGGUACGUGGAAGUUAUGGAACACAAAUGUUGAGUACAAAAAGCAGCAGGAUCCUUACCUCUUGAGGACAGUUCCCGCCUCCUCAUCUGAGGGGAGCCGGGUGGCCUUGUCUCCAGACGGGCGGGUGGUCGCCAUUAGUGACGGCUGUAAUGUGGCCAUGUACGAUGCAGCCAGUGGAAAGUUGGAGGAGGAGCUGCAUGGCAUCCACAGUGAGGAGAUCAGUGACCUUAGGUUUGAUAUUAACGGCCGCUUCUUGGUGUGUAGCGGUGACAAAGCUAUUCGGGUGUUUCACAACACACCGGGUUACCGGGCAGCAAUCAGGGACAUGCAGGACAUGCUGAAAAAGGCCCAGAAUGAGGCCAUGAAGCAGAGACUGCAGCAACAGAUCAAAGAGGCUCAGAGCGCUCUGGACACUGUCCUUGCUGCUCCUGUUGAUAAAAAAACCCCUCUAGGACCCGCUCUGUGGUGACGGUUUUGACACAGACUGCCCAUCGUUUCUUUUGCCAGAAAAUGAGCUGGUCAUUAUGAAAAUGUGCAUGCGGUUUUAAUAAAGAGUAUCUUUUUAUGAAAACGU